UAAUGCGUACUUCCUGCUGCUCUCUGAAUCCCGAGGUAGCUGGUUUGUCUCUUCCUUCGGCUCGGGAUGUCGGAGCCAUCUCCGGAACUUGUCCCUGCGGCCACUUCCGGACCCGAAAGUUUGCUGUGCCGGGCUGCCCCUCAGGUGAUGCUGCUGCCUCCCCGGCCGUCUACCCUUCGUUCCUCUCCGGAGGCCAUGGACCCUCCGCCCACCCUCCAGUCCUCCCCGGAAGCCAUGGACCCGCCGCCCUCGCAGGUUGACCCUACAUCCCCGCAGGUUGACACAUCACCCGCUGCGUCCUCCCCGCCGCACUACUACCUGCUUAUCGACACGCACGGUGUGCCCUACAAGUACACGGCGCAGCGGAAGGAGGGGAGGAGGCCGCUGGUGGAGGAGCCCGCCCCCGGCGAUGGGGAAGAGGAGGGCCGCAGUUGCCCCUGCCACGAGUGCGGCCGCAUAUGCAGCUCUCCCAUGCAGCUGCAGGGCCACCUCUUGACGCACUCCAUGGUCAGGCCCUUCACGUGUGACACCUGUGACCGGGCCUUCAAGCGCUCCAGCGACCUGGCGCGCCACCGGCGCAUGGCGCACAACACUGUGCGCCGCACCGGCACCGACCGCCCCUAUGUCUGCCCAUACUGCCCGCGUCGCUUCCAGGACACUGCAACGCUGGCGGAGCAUGUGCCCACGCACUAGGGGCCUGCAGGGGCCGCUGAUGCCAGUUUCCCCAUCUGCCCCACAGGAGUAUUCUGCCCACAGCGUUUGGUGCUUUGAGACAUCAAGACAAGGCCACUGCUGCUCCUUGGGCCUCAGUUUCCCCAUCUGCCCGAUGGAGAAUAUCACACUUUCCCCACCCCUUUAUCUGACAAUGUGUGGUGUUGUCUGGGCCUCAGUUUCCCCAUCUGCCCGAUGGAGAGUAUUAUACCUUCCCCACCUCCGUGUAGCAAUGUCUGGUCUUUUCUGGGUCCCAUUGUCCCCAACUGCCCUGUGGGAAGAGUAACACCUUUCCCACCCCUCUCUCUGGCAGUGUGUAGAGUUGUCUGGGCCUCAGUUUCCCUAUCUGCCCCAUGGGAAGUAUCACUCCUUCCCAUCCCUCUACCUGGCAACAUCUGCCUUUUCCUGGGCCUCAGUUUCCCUCUCAGUGGGAAGUAUCUCCUUCACCACCUCUCUAUCUAGCAAUGUCUGGGCCUUUGUUUCCCCAUUGGUUCAGCUGGCAGAACUCUCCCUUCUCCCUGUGUGGUUGGGUCACUUUGAGCGGGUGGGUAUGCCCCAAUGGAAAGUGGAUAAACCCGGGUGUGCCUUGUUGUGGGACUUUGGGCAAAAAGAUUCAACCUGGUCUGUUAAGUGCUGUCCAGACUCACAGCUAUCCUAUGUACAACAGAAUGAAACACUGCCCAGUUCUGCACCACCCUCACAAUCCUUGCUAUGUUUGAGCCCAUUGUUGCAGCCACUGUGUCAUUUCCAUCUCGUUGAGGGUCUUCCUCUUUUUCCAUGACCCUCUAGGAACCAUGAUGUCUUUCUCCAGGGAGUGGUCCCUCUUGAUAACAUGUCCGAAGUAGUGAGACGAACUCUUGCCAUCCUGGCAAUCCAUGGUAUAGGCAAUGUUGUUUGCCAACACCAUAAUUCAAAAGUGUCAGUUUUUCAGUCUUCCUUAUUCAUUGUCCAGCUUUUGCAUGCAUAUGAGGUGAUUGAAAAUAGCAUGGUGUGUGUUAGGCACACCUGUCCUCAAAGUGACGUCUUUGCUUUUUAACACUUUAGGGGGAUCUUUUGUGGUAGAUUUGCGAUACCCGGCCUAGCGUCCGUUAAUUGGUCAUUCUCUGUCGACACACUGUUCCAAACGCGGUUGGAAGACAGGCUUCUUUUGUGGGUGUUAGCGCCCCUCUGCACCCUUUCCCCGCGGGGGCCAAGAAAGGCGGGCCG